UCCCCUCCUCAACAUCUCCUCACACGACAGUUUCAGCCACACCUGCAACUGCAAUGCACUGCCAUGCCAUGCGACGCGAUGCCAUGCCAUGCACUCCCACGCCUACAUCGUGUGACUGUCAAACCCCAAAAGAUAAAGGUCAAUUUCCUGACUGAGAGCACCGCCUCCGCUCGUUCAACGGCAUGAAUCUAUCGAUCUGCCGUCUUGUGUCUUCUGCUGCUGUACUACUUACCUGCUGUUUCAUUGCACCUGCACCUGUACCGCACCUGCAACCCCCUUCAAUCUUCUUUCUGUCCAUCACAACAGUCAUUCAACCAAAAUACCCAAGCUCGUCCAGGUCUAGAUCACACCCUAAUCAUGCCCGAACUCCAAUAUCAUCCGAUGUGGGGUGCGCGUCGGACUGUUACGGGUCCAUUCGAUGGAUUCCCAACGACCGAGGUCUAGGGCUAGUCUGGCAUCAACACGAUGGUCAGACACGUGAAGUCACAUGUACUACUACUACUGUACCACUAACAACGAUGCAAUACUUGAUGACAUUGCUAAAAUGCAUAAUACCUAUAUUAAGCGGUAUGCGUGCUAAUACAAGAUAUUCAUUCAGCAUAUAGAGAUAUAUAUAUGCAUCUGUAAUAGAUCAUUGCAUCCCAUCCAUCAUUCAACAGGUCACAGACUGACCAACCCGCAGCCUAGAUUUGACAUGAUAGUCUACUCUUGACAUGACAGUCGACGUAUCAGGCGGCAAUCCAGUCCCAUGCUAACCGCAUUAGGCAUGCCCUGUAUAUUCAC